AUGCAAAUACCUUGGAAAUUUCUCUCUAGAGCUUUAUCGGAGGAAGUACUUGAAGAUGAAUCAUUACGGUUAUCAUCUUCUCAUGACAUCAGUGAGCAGAAACUUCAAAGACCAGGUGGGCUUGCUUUGAGUACUGAUCUUCCAAGGAGCCAAGCUGAGGAGUCUCAUUCAACCAUUGAUCUAAGAACUAGGCUGCAUUUUUACAAGGUUCGUUAUUUCCUCACCAGGAAUCUUAAGGCAGCCAAGCGGGAAGUUAAAAUGGCUAGGAACAUAGUUCGUGGGGAAGAUUACCCCAUGGCUCUCUGUUUGAAGUCACAGUUGAAUAUGCUCGUGGGAAUCAUCAGUUUCGUUAGUUCGAAAAGAUGGCAUCAAGUAAUGGGACAGAAAUUGGAAUUUCAAGUAUGUAUUAUAACAACCUCGGGUGCAUUUUUUACCGACUUGGGACAGAAAUUGGAAUUUCAAGUAUGUAUUACUCUCUCAAUUUCUCUUGCCCGGCAGUGUCUUGUCAAUGCGUUGUCAGGUCAGGUCAAUGUAAAUGGGGAAGGGAAAGAACAGAAGGUUGGAAACAGUUAUAGCACUUGUUUUCAGAACUCCACUGCAGAAUAUGAGGAUAUUUGCCGAAAAGAGAAUCAGAUGAUGAAGGAAGCAGUUUCUACUGAUUUGGCAUGUGUAGAGCUGGAACGGGGAAAUCCUUUGAAAGUCCUAUCUGCAGCAAGGUCUCUUUUGAGACUCCCAGGGUGCUCAAGAAUAUACAUCUUUUUGGGAAAUAUGUAUGCAGCUGAGGCUCUCUGUCUGCUAAAUCAGCCUAAUCAAGCUGCUGAGCAUUUGAUGAUGCAUAUAUCUGGUGGGAAUAGUGUGGAGCUUCCAUAUAGCCAAGUGGAUUGUGAAAAGGGGAUAACGGAAAAAAUGGCUGGUUCUGAAGAGUCGAUUGGUAGUUCAAAUGAAUCCGAAGGGUUUGUGCUCAUCAGACCAGAAGAGGCAGUUGGAGAUUUGGAGUUAUUUGUGCAAACACCACUGCCAACUACGCAAUGCUGGGAGAUCUUGAGAAGGCCCACCAAUUCGUGA